ACACGAAAGCCUUAUAAAAAUUGGACCACCUGCACAAGUAUUGAUAAAAACCAUAUUUAUCAACACAAAAGGUUGCCUACAGGUUCUCACAAUAUUCUCCCCCAGGGCUUGAACUUUGAAUCUGUGUGAUUUACGAAAACUCGAAACAACAAACAAAACACCAUACUAUAUAUAAACGGAGGGACUCCUAAUCUUAAUACAAUAUUAAUGCUUGGCCAUAAUCUGCCAUCGACUAUGAAAGAAAUGAUAAGCUGCCUAGAUUUCAAAAUUUGUACGUAAUGCUAAUCAGUUGGUCAUAUAGAAGUACUUAUGAACCCGAAAAUGAUAGUUAGAGCUGAGGGAUCCUUGUAAUGAGCUACUGAAUUGCAUUUUAUUUCCAUUAACUAAAAUUAAUGUAAUGAGGGAAUUCUGAAACUAUUCUGAAAUACUAUGAAUCAGAUAUAUAAUUCUUUAUAUUUUUGUAUAUUUAAUAUUAAUUAUCUUUCAUGUGCCAAAGUUUAAUAUAUAGAUUCACGUUUAAAUAUAUGAAUAUGCUUUGAAGUGUUUAUUAGGGUUUCAUUUUAAACAGCAGUUUCAGCAAUAUGCUUAAAAGGUUUUACAAGAUUUCUUUAUUGAUAUAUUAUUUAUAGCAACUAUUUUGAUCAAAAAUUUCUAACAACAUAUGAAUAUCUUGCUGAACAUCACUACUUUUCUCUAAGAAAUGUGAUUUCCUUUCUGAACAGGACGAUCUCACGAAAUGUAUUUCUUUAAAUAAUUUUACCAAAAACAAAUUACAAAUUGCUAGUAUCUGAAUUUUACAUGCAUUUCAGCAACAUAUUUCAUAAUGAUCAGAAGGAUCCCUCCAAGAAAUAUGUAUUCCUUGCUGAUCAGGUUUAUCUCACCAAAUAUAUCUUCUAAAAUUAUCUUAUUCAAAACUAUGUUAGACAGUUCUUGGAUUCAACAAAGCCAAUGGAACCUAUUUGGUGUAGGGCACCGGUGAUCAAAGAACCAACUUCAGAGAGCGGUUAGUGAUCUGCGAGUAGUUUUUCCCCAGACCUCGACCACAAUGGACACCUUGCUGGCUGGAUGGACGCAAUCCGGGGAUUUCCUGCAGGACAAAUGGGUUUUGCUGCUGGACAUUGUGGGUGAGGAUUCGUGGCGCCUAUGGGUGGUGGGCAGCACGAUCGUUAUCUUCUCCGUGUAUUGGCUGUACGCGGGCAUAUUCACGCUGAUGGACAUCACGAACCGUCCGCGUUUCUUGCGCAAAUACAAAAUUCAGCCGGGACAGAAUGAGCCAGUCGAUCUGACCAAGCUCUGGAAUGCCAUAAAAAUGGUCCUUCUUAAUCUGACGGUGGUUAACUUUCUGGUCUGCUGGCUGGUCUACGAGCUGGUCUACAAGACGGAGAACAGCCGGGAUAUCCGGGUGCUGCCCACGUUCAGGCGAUCACUGCGGGACCUGGCCGUCUUCGUGGUCCUGGAGGAGGUCAUGUUCUACUAUGCCCACCGCCUGCUGCACCACAAGUCGGUAUACAAGUAUGUGCACAAGAAGCACCAUGAAUGGACGGCUCCCAUUGCUGCUAUCACCUUGUAUGCCCAUCCGGUGGAGCAUGUGGUGGCCAAUCUGCUGCCAGUGGCCACCUCCAUUGCGAUCCUAGGCACCCAUGUGGCCUUGGCCUAUGUGAUCUUCGCCCUGGCCAUCGUCAACUCCAUGAGCGACCACACAGGCUAUAGCUUCCCCUGGUCGGCGGGAUCGGUCCGGUUCCACGACUUCCACCAUGCCAAGUUUAACUACAAUUACGGCGUACUCGGUCUGCUGGACAAACUGCAUGGCACAUAUCGCACUCCCACGGAGCAAAGGAUCCAAACAGCCCCAAGGAUAAAGAUUAAGUCCAGCAAAAGGAAGACUAAAUAGUCCUUUUAUUUACUUGUUUUUCUUUUAUUUUGUUUGGAUGGAAAUACCACAGCCAGCGACAUCAAUGAUAUCGGUAUUUUUUAAAAAACCUAAAUUUACAAAUUACAAAUUCGUUAAAAUAAUU